GGUUUGACAGGUAAAUUUAGCAGAUUGAAAUGUUCUUGGUAGUGGGAAGUCAGUUGUAAUUAUGCAGUAAUUAUUUCAAGAGAAUAUUCAACUGCUGCCUCCGAAGAAACAGCAUUGUUUUAGAGGCAUUUCUAUCCGGAAGAUUAUAUCUGAGCACAUGGAACUAUUAAUACAUCAACCUUUUUAUUACUACAGGUAGAGUAGGAUUUAUUAGGCUGAGCAGAGGGCAGCACUCUAGCUGAGACUGAACAGUUGUUUGUUUGAUAUAUGGACUUUGACCGUGUGCAGCUCACUGACUGAGAAAGCACGCAAAAGCUCUGCAUGAUGCCUCACCAGACGGACAGACUGUCCUGUAAAUCCCCACUCAUUGUUCGCACCAUGUUGAUUCUCCAAUACGCUGUUGCCCUUCUUUUCCUGGCACACUCAAAUGAAGGUCAGUCUCAGGCGACUGGUCAAACUCAGUCAAUAGUGGCAUUGGUCGGCAAUGACAUCACUUUGCCAUGCCAUGUGAAACCUGCCAUGGAUGCCGGUAACCAGAUGCUGGAGUGGGCGAGACCUGACCUGAAACCCAGAUUUGUCCAUGUGAGGCGCUUCGGUGACGACCGGCUGCUUGAUCAGAAUCCUUCCUACAAGGGAAGAACAUCGGUGUCCAUCGAUGGACUGAAACAGGGAGACGCUUCACUGACACUCUCCAGAGUGGAACUCUCUGAUCAAGGAACAUACAGAUGCUUCAUUCCAGGGUUGAAUACAGAAUCCAGCAUUCAGCUUGUUGUUGAUGAUUCUGAUUCUGGUUCGACUGCUUAUAUCAUCAUCGGUUUGGUUGUUGGCGUUCUGGUGAUUCUCGCGGUUGCCCUUGCUGUGUGGAAAUGGAGACAAAACAAAAUCAAGUCCAAGAAGCAGCAGGAGGAUGAAGAAACACAGAGAGGAGGAGAGAAGAACUCUACAAGUAAUGAUUCAGAACAGCAAUGUCUGAUAGAAAGAGAAACAGAAAGUGAACAAUCAAAAAAAGAAAGACAGACAAUUAAUAAUCAGAACACGAUGGAAGACAAAAAUAACCUUGCACGUUCAGGUGAAGGAACAAAACGUUCAUAUCAAACAGAGCAGGAAACUCACCAGGAGAAGACAGAAGGAGAAACUAGCAAUAUUCUCAUCCAGGGACAGAAACUAUGUGAAAUUGCAGAGGAAGAGAGCAAAUCAAUAACUGUAGGAACAGCAACUCCAGGUACCGCAGAGGUAGAAACACAGAAAGAGCAAGAAGAGAGGACAAAGUCUGUAAAUACUGAAACAGCAACUCAGAGUCUGAUGGAUGGACAUGGACAACAACAGCAGGUCAGGGGAGCAGCAGAAGCAAAUAAUGAUACUGAAAAGGAAGAAAAAGAAGAGGACAUCAAAUCUCCUAAAAACAAAGCAUCAAGUCAGGGUCUUACUGACGACAAAAGACAACACAAUGAUCCAACAGCAGGAGGAGGUUCGACGAAUGACUCGGACCAGACAGGAGGACCGACAGGGAGAAGUGACGACCCUCCAGUUCCAGCAGAGAGAAAACAACAGCAGGUCAGAGCAGCAGGAGAACCAAGUAAUGAUACUAACACGGUUGAAAAUAAAGACCAAACUCAAACUACAGAAAAUGAAGCAGCAGCUCAGAGUCCAACUGAUGACAAAACACAACCCAGUGAUCCAACAGCAGGAGGAGAGAUGCAGAAUGAUUCUGAAUUGAUAACGGGACAAAAAGACACUCCAUGCACAGCAGAGAGCAGACACAAAGUAGAGAAUGGAGACAGGAGAGAUGUAGGGGAGAACCCAACCCUUCUUCCUCCUGUUAAACCAGAUCGGCUCUCUAAAUUAGAACAACAGAAGGAUUUGAACACACUGGUCGGACAAGAAGCAAGUACUGAUACUAAAACGGUCGAAAUUAAAAUAGAAACCCAAACUAACGAUGACAAAGCAGCAGCUAAGGGUCCAACUGAUGACACGACACAACCCGGUGAUCCACCAGCAGGAGGAGAGACAAAUGAAACUGAAGGAAAAGACACCCCAUGCCCAGCAGAGAGAAGACAAAUAGUAAAGAAUGGAGACAGGAAAGACGGAGAGGGGAACGCAACCCCUUUUCCUCCUGUUAAACCAGAUCGGCUCUCUAAAGCAGAACAACAGAAGGAUUUGAACAAAAAAAAUGAAGUCAACAAAACAGAAUCUACAAAUAACGAAGAAACAGGUCCAAAUGAGGGAGAAACACAACAAAAUGAUGGACCAGCAGUAGGAGGGACAAUGAAUGACUUGGACCAGACAGGAGGAACGACAGGGAAGAGUAAAGACCAAACUCAAACUACAGAAAACGAAGCAGCAGCUCAGGGCCCAACUGAUGACAAAACACAACACGGUGAUCCAACAGCAGGAGGAGAGAUGCAGAAUGAUUCUGAAUUGAUAACUGUGUCCGCUCCAUGCCCAGCAGAGAGAAGACAAGUAGUAAAGAAUGUAGGUGGGAAAGAUGGAGAGGGGAACCCAACACUUCUGUCUUCAGUUAAACCAGAUCUGCUCCAUAACACAGAAGAACAGAGAAAAUUGGAUCAGCCCCAAGCAGAAGUAGAGAGUGAUGUGGUGAAAAAAGAAAAAGAGACAGAUAAAACAGGACUUCUCCAUCAGACAGAGGGAGAAACACGUGAAAAGCCGUCUGUUAAAGAUCAGCCAGAGAAGCUGGAGAAGGGAGAGGGAGAUGGAGAGGAAGGCACAUCAUCUGCCAAUAGCAAAAGAGAACAUCUUCCAGACGUUAAUAUGGCUCAGGAAGAGACACAAAACGGUGUGAAUAAAGGAAAGAGAAGAAGAAACAGGAAGCAAAGCAAGGAGUGAUCAAGAUAGCAAAAAAGAUUCAUAGAAAAACGACGAAAUCAAAAUACCACAGGAGUAGAAGGAGAAAAUGAUCUGAAUAAAGAGAUGGUUCUAAUUCUUCUUCUCCAAGAAGAUCCUCAGUAUGUGAUGAAGGGACAAACAGACCAAGAUUGAAGACAGACCGUAGAGUAAGAAUCAUUUUAAAAAAGCAAUUCAAAGCUGCAGAAAAGGAGACAGCACUGACAAAUCUGGAGAAAGAGAUGAAAAAACCUAGAGAAGAGAAACAAAAUUUUCAAAUGAAAUGUAAAGAAAAGAGAUAGAGAAGAUCAAUUUAAACUGCAGCUGGGGGAGGUAUGUGAGAUAACAUGACAGGAAGCUUCAGUUAGGGAAGACAUGGGUAGAAAAGAUAGACCCUGAGACAGAGAAAGAAGCAGAGAAAGAGAAAUAAAUGACUUUUUCUGGAUUCUUAUAUCUAAAAAAUGAGAAAACAGACCUUUAGGACACAAGAAGAAGCAGCAGGGAGAGAAGCCAAGAGCUGCAAAAAGAGAGAAGCUAAAAGAUGCGGAAAUCUAAAAUAAAGAGAAGCUUUUUUACUUUGAGUUGACUUGAAUCAGUUUCAACAAUAGUUCCAUCUUGCAUUUCACAUGACAAUGAUCUUUCUCUGUUUUAUACAUUCACAUUCUAGGGUGUAUAAAAGUAUAGAAUUUUGCUUUUUGUGCAUUUUUGAUUGAUAAGAAUUCACAAAUCUUUGUUGAAGGUUUUCUGAACUGUGUCAGAGGUCUUUUUAUUUCCUUUUUAUUAAAACUAUAUGAUGUGUUUUUAU